AUGUCAGCUCGGGGUUUCAGCAGCUCUCGGUCUCUCGCACCUACCAUCCUCCAGAGUACUCUCGCAGCUCGAGCUACAAUCAUCACAAGACCUUCGCGUGCCUUCGGCCACGCAUCGAUUGCUCCACGCUGCGGGCAACAGUUCAACUCAUCUCGACCGAGCAUCGUCGCUACUUGUCUCAAGACGGUUCAGUUUCGCACCAUGUCGACCGAAAUCCCAUCUCAGAUGAAAGCCAUCUUGGUCAAGGAUGGCAAAGGUCCAUCCGACAACCUGUAUCUCGGCGAAGCGCCCGUUCCCGAGCUCGGCGAGGACGAGGUAUUGGUCAAGAUCAAAGCAUUCGGCCUUAACCGCAUGGAUAUUAUGCAACGUGAGGGAAACUAUCCUUUGCCUCCGCAUGCGCCGCAGAUCAUGGGCGUCGAGUUUUCUGGCCAUAUCGUAGCCACUAACAAGCCCAAGGAGAUCCAAUGGAAGGUCGGACAGGAAGUCUUCGGCCUUGCCGUUGGCGGCGCUUACGCCGAAUACAUUAAGGUUCCUUCGCGCAUGAUCUUGGAAAAGCCGGGCGAGCUCGACUGGGUGCAAGCAGCUGCGAUCCCGGAAAACUACCUGACCGCUUUCCAAGCGCUGCGAACGAUUGGAGGACUGCAACGGGGCGAGGAUGUGUUGAUACACGCCGGUGCUUCCGGUGUCGGUCUCGCUGCGAUUCAGCUUGCACGUGCGUUUGGCGCCGGAAAGGUCUAUAUCACAGCUGGAUCGGAAGACAAGAUCAAGUUCUGUCAAGAGGUCGGCGCAGACAAGGGCUUCAACUACAAAGCAGUCGACUGGGCCGAAGAGCUGGCCAAACAUACCGGCGCCAAAGGCCCAGCAGGCUCAGUCGAUGUGAUCGUCGACUUCAUCGGCGCACCAUACUUCAACGGAAACCUGCAGAGCCUGAAACGCGACGGUCGAAUGAUCCUACUUGCCUUCAUGGGUGGUGCAAAGAUCAAGGAGACUGUCCUUGCACAGAUCCUAUUUAAGCGUCUGCGAAUCGAAGGAUCUACGCUUCGUUCGCGCUCCGUCGAAUACCAGAGCAACCUUGUGCAAGGCUUUGUCGAAGAAAAAGGCCUUGAACGUCUUAUCUCUGGAGCAUCCAAGGACGCCGAUAGCAACGAUGCAAGCCAUAGGCUUGUGAUCCACAAAGUGUACUCGUGGAAGGACAUCAAAGAGGCUCACGAUGAGAUGGAGGCUAACAAAAACAUUGGCAAAAUUGUCAUCACCAUCGAUGAUGCCUGA